AUGGCAAAUAACCGACCAAAGAUCGAUCAAGAUGAGGAGAAAAACAGCAUCAUGACCUGCAGCUACAACGUCUUGGACCAUCUCAUCAAGACCACCAUCGUGAUGGAGAGGGCAGGCUUCUCCAAGGCCCCAAAGACGGGGAAGGUCGGCCGGCCCCUGAGCCCGGCCAAAAAGAAGAAGCACCACCAGGCGAAUAUGCUCCAUCUGUCCUAUCUGAACACAAAGAUGAAGAUUGAAAAGCUGAAGGGGAUUAUCGACGAGAUGGAGGGCCAGGACGGGAAGAAGAAGAAAUCGCUUGCAGCAGGAGAAAAACCACAAGGGAUCCCGAUAAUCUGA